AUGUCUUCUGCAAUGCUCGUAUACUCCCUCGCUGGAGCUGCAGUACUAUCUGCCAUUAUCACCACCAUUCUCAACGGCCUCGCCUAUGCCGCACUGCAAUCAUUACCCUCGCACACCACAACUACCGGACUAGCUCCUGUCCUCAUCAGCAUUCUGACAUGCAUCACCCUGCUGGCUCUCAGCCUGCUCAUCCACAAAGACGUCCGCAGUGAUAUCCGCUGGUCACCAUUGAAAACCGUCAUCUUCUACUUCACCGGAGUAUACCUCCUCAUUAGCGCCGUGUCUAUUGCCGGAACAAUAGCCUCAAACGAUCUAUAUAACCCACUCCACCAAGGAAACAUCUUCAUCGCCCGCUCCAUCUUCUGGGCUCUCUCCAUCCUUACACAAGGCCUCUACUACGGCUUCCUCCUGGUAACUCUGGCCCAACGCAAACAAGGCCAAGAUUGGCCACGCUCCUAUACCCAGGAACUCAAAUCGCUCUCCGAAAGCCCAGAGCCAGUCCGCUCCCCAGCUCGGACACUCUGCGAUCCAUACCCAGAAUUGAAACAAUUCGACACCAGACGCUCCUCGCUGCGCAAGUUUCCGCGGCGCUCGAAUCGUUUCUCGGGUGGUACGAUCUGCGUCGAGAGCACGCGUACAAAGCAUGACUCUUUUGAUACGAGUUCAUCAACACUGUCUUCGCCAUCACCCUCGCCAACAACAGAGCAUCUACCCAUGCACACGCAACAACAACCACAAUCGUCUGACCCCUUCGCAGACCACAACACCCAUCGCCUUCCCCUCCGCAACCCCAGCUUCAAAAGCAUGCCCAGUCUCCGCCGCGAAAACAACAUCCACCUCUCACUAGACAGUCUCGUCCAACCCUCAACUUCAACCUCCCCCACAGCCUCAAGUCUGGCCCUCGACUCCCCAUCAGGUUCAACACUAACUCUCCCCGAGACAUACGCCUUCUACGCCCCUAACACCAAACCCCAUCCCAAUGCCUAUGCCAAUCCCCAUUUCCGUGGGCUCCCUUCAUCAUCACUAUCCCUCCCCUCCUCCCCCACAUUCCCCCCCCAACUCAACCCGCGAACAAAACAUCCACCCGCUCUUCCGCUCAACGAGUCCCUGUCCCAGCCCGACACCACUACCUGGUAG